AUGUCUGCACUCCGUCGAAAAUUCGGUGAAGACUAUCAAGUUGUCAAUACUUCCAGGGGUUCUACCUACAACGCUCCCAUAAAAAAGAAAAGACAAAGGUUUGUUGACAAGAAUGGUCGUUGUAACGUACAGCAUGGGAACUUAGGCGGAGAGACAAGUAGGUAUAUUUCUGAUCUGUUCACUACUUUAGUGGAUCUGAAGUGGAGAUGGAACCUUCUAAUUUUCAUUCUGACUUACACAAUAGCCUGGCUGGUGAUGGCUUCAAUGUGGUGGAUCAUAGCCUACAUCCGUGGAGACAUAGAUCAAACCCAUGGGGAGAACUACACUCCAUGUGUGGCCAAUGUCUACAAUUUUCCAUCAGCUUUUCUUUUCUUCAUAGAAACAGAAGCCACUAUUGGUUAUGGCUUCAGAUACAUCACUGAAAAAUGCCCGGAGGGUAUCAUCCUCUUCUUGUUCCAGUCUUUGCUUGGCUCCAUUGUGGAUGCCUUUUUGAUCGGGUGUAUGUUCAUCAAAAUGUCCCAGCCAAAGAAAAGGGCAGAGACUUUGAUGUUCAGCCACAGCGCAGUCAUCUCUCAGCGUGACGGCAAAAUGUGCCUGAUGUUUCGAGUAGGGAACCUUAGAAACAGCCAUAUGGUCUCUGCUCAGAUGAGAUGCAAAGUGAUAAAGUCCCGACAGACUCCAGAAGGCGAGUUCUUGCCCUUAGAUCAGUGUGAGCUGGACGUCGGAUUUGGCACAGGUGCAGACCAACUGUUCCUUGUUUCACCUCUGACUAUUUGCCAUGAAAUAAAUCCUAACAGCCCAUUCUUUGAUCUAUCUCAACGAUCUCUCAGAAAUGAUCAAUUUGAAAUUGUGGUAAUACUGGAAGGAAUUGUCGAGACUACUGGAAUGACAUGCCAAGCAAGGACCUCAUACACAGAAGAUGAAGUUCUUUGGGGCCAUAGGUUUCUUCCAGUCAUGUCGUUGGAAGAAGGCUUUUUCCGCGUGGACUAUUCCCAGUUCCACUCCACAUUUGAAGUCCCCACUUCUCCGUACAGUGUAAAGGAACAGGAUGAGAAACUGUCACUUACCUCACUCUGCGCCACUCCCUCCAUCUGCAACAGCAAAAACAGAAAGGAAAGAAUCUUCUGUCUGGAUUGCAUCGAUACCCCAGAGGAAAAGGGUAGCAAACUGCCAGCCAAGCUUCAGAAGAUGAGCACCUGCAAGGAUGAGCUGCAGAAGAAAGUUCUCAGAAUGACUGCAGAUAUAGGAGAAAAAACCUGCAGCACUGGGGACCUCCCUUUAAAAGUGCAGCGGAUAAGUUCAAUUGCCAACAAUUCCUGUGCUGAGGAAAGACUCCCUCUGAAGGCCUUCAAUGCCAAUUCUGAAUCCAUCACUCAAUCAACAGGAGAUCUGCCACAGAGGGCAUAUGGCUUGCAACCUACCGGUUCACGAAUGGAGGACAAUUUACCCGCCAAACUGAGAAAAAUGAAUUCUGAUCGCCUCAUUUAG